AUGGCACCCUCCGCUAUCACCACCACCGCCGAGGAGCAUUACGCGCCGCUGUCGAUCAAACCCUUUGCACCGGUGGAGAACAACAGUCUCGCAGUCGAGUACGGGCACAAUGACGCCAAGACUACCAAGGAAUUGAUUGGUGAAGCGUUCCGAGAGCGUGUCGACAAGAUCGAUCAGGAUGCUUGCGAAGCCGGGGAGGAGGAUGCCUUCUUCGUGGCCGACAUGGGCGAGGUCUACCGCCAGCACCUCCGAUGGAAGAUGAACCUGAAGCGGGUCAAGCCCCACUACGCCGUCAAGUGCAAUCCGGACCCGCAGGUGCUGCGGCUGCUGGCAGAGCUGGGGACGGGCUUCGACUGCGCGUCCAAGUCAGAGAUUGAGCAGGUGCUGAAGAUGGGCGUCGACCCCAGCCGCAUCAUCUACGCGCAGCCGUGCAAGACCAAGUCGUACGUGCGCUACGCCGCCCGCCACGGCGUCAAGCAAAUGACGUUUGACAACGCCGACGAGCUGUACAAGACCAAGGAGCUCUUCCCGGACGCCGAGCUGCUGCUGCGCAUCCACACGGAUGACUCGGCGUCGCUGUGCCGGCUGUCGCUGAAGUUCGGCGCGCCCCUCGACACGACAGAAGACCUCCUGGCGCUGGCCAAGGAGCUGGACCUUAAUGUCGUAGGCGUAGCCUUCCACGUGGGGUCAGGCGCGUCGGACGCGUCGGCCUUCCAGCGGGCAGUGCACGACGCGCGCGUGGUGUUCGACCAAGCCGAAGCGCUGGGCUUCAACCUGCACACGUUGGACGUGGGCGGCGGCUUCUCCAGCGACACGUUCGAGGCCAUGGCGGCGGUGCUGUCGGACGCGCUCGACGAGCUCUUCCCGCCGCACGUGCGCGUCAUCGGCGAGCCCGGCCGCUACUACGUCGCCAAGGCCUUUUCGCUCGCGUGCAACGUCAUUGCGCGCCGCACCGUCGAGCCCGCCGCUAGCUACAUGCUGUACCUCAACGACGGCGUCUACGGCAACUUCAGCUCCAUCAUGUUCGACCACCAGCACCCCGUCCCGCGCGUCCUCAAGGCCGGCCCCGCGUUCGCGCACGACGAGCCGCUGUCGCUGCCCACGGCCUUCCCGUCGAACGAGGCGGGUCUGGCCGAGGCCGCGGCCGCGUAUGCCGACAAUGCCGAUGCCGACGCCGUGGCUGCCGCUUCGGGUCCCAGCAUCGAGUACUCCAUCUGGGGUCCCACGUGCGACGGCAUCGACUGCAUUGCCGCGUCGUCGUCGUUCACGACGACCCUCGACGUCGGCGACUGGCUGUACUUUGAGGAAAUGGGCGCCUACACAAAGUGCUCGGCCACGCGCUUCAAUGGCUUCUCGGACGCGCAUGAGACGCUGUACGUGUCGAGCGAGCCGGGGGCGUCGGCGCUGCUGGGGCUGUAG